GAUUCUCAACAAUCUAUUAUUAAUAUGUUUGAAGAUUUUACAUUUGAUAAUACUAUUAUUGAAGAAUUUAAUAAUUCAGUAGAUUUAUCUAUUGUUUAUAAAUUUUACACUUUUUUUGAAAAAUACUAA